UGAAGUGGUGGUUGUGUGAUGUGUCGAGUAUUUUCUCAGGAUGCCUGCAUUUAGUGGGUGGGAUAUAUAUGGCACAUUUUUGCAUCUCUCGGGCAUAUGUGGCAGAAGAACAUUUUCCUUUGGCUAGUUUGGAACAGUAAAGCCACUGCUAUUUUCAAGCUCACUUGCAAAAAGGAACACCUGUUCAUGAAGCAAAUCUCACAUAUCCUCCCACGGCUGCUUCUCUUCAUCCUUCACAGAGACUAAACGAAAGUGAUCUUAAUAAACCUAAGUAUCCUUUUUCUUCAUCACCAUCUCUGCCUGAUAAUUCUGAAAUCAUGACUUCACUGGAAAUGGAAACCUCUGAUAUUAACUCGGUUCAAACUCAUACACCAAAGGAAGAUGUUGAUGAUGCUGUUUUCUUGAGUUGGAAGGAUUUAUGGGUGACAGUUCGUGAUGGAAGACAUGGAAGCAGGUCAAUCCUUCAGGGUCUUACUGCUUAUGCCCAACCUGGAGAACUUCUUGCUAUAAUGGAUCCGUCAGGUUGUAGCAAGUCAACCCUUCUUGAUGCGUUGGCAGGCUUAUGUGACGCAAGAUGAUAAUUUGGUCGCAACAUUAACAGUUAGAGAAGCGGUUUACUACUCAGCUCAGCUUCAAUUGCCAAACUCAACGUCCAACUCAGAAAAGAAGGAGAGAGCAGAGAGGACAAUAAGAGAAAUGGGUUUACAAGAUGCCAUGAACACAAGAAUAGGAGGCUGGGGAGCUAAAGGCCUCAGUGGUGGCCAAAAGAGGAGAGUAAGCAUUUGCAUAGAGAUCUUAACACCCCCAAAACUUCUCUUCUUUGAUGAACCCACAAGUGGCCUUGAUAGUGCAGCUUCAUAUUAUGUCAUGAGCAGAAUUGCUAGCUUGGGCAGGAAUAAUGGAAUCAGAAGAACUAUCAUUUUGUCCAUUCAUCAGCCUAGCAGUGAAGUCUUUCAGCUUUUUAACAAUCUUUGCCUCCUUUCUUCUGGUAAAAUGGUGUAUUUUGGUCCUGCUUCUGCACCCAAUGAGUUCUUCACUUUGAAUGGCUUCCCUUGCCCAACCUAUCAGAACCCUUCUGAUCACUUCUUGAAAACCAUUAAUAAGGAUUUUGGAAGGGAUCUUGAGCAAGGAAUGGGUGAUGCAAUGCCUACAGAAGAAGUGAUUAAUACCCUCAUUCAAUCCUAUACAUCGUCUGAAACUUACCAAGACGUUCGAAAGAAAGUAGCAGAAAUAAAUACAGAGGAUUAUGGAGCAAUAUUGGAGAAGAAGAGAAGUCAUGCUAGUUUCCUUAAUCAAUUUCUUGUUCUUACAAGAAGAUCCUUUGUGAACAUGUACCGAGACAUAGGAUACUACUGGUUGCGCCUAUUUGUCUAUGUUGGAUUGGCUUUUGGUCUGGCCACCAUAUAUUAUGAUCUUGGCUCUAGCUAUGGUUCCAUCCAGGCUAGAGGUUCACUGCUUAUGUUCAUAUCUACAUUCCUCACGUUUAUGGCCAUUGGUGGAUUCCCUUCUUUCGUGGAAGAAAUGAAGGUAUUUGUACGAGAAAGAUUAAAUGGGCAUUAUGGAACCAGUGCGUUUAUUUUUGCCAACACAUGCUCUUCCAUGCCAUUCUUGUUAGUGAUUUCAUUGAUUCCUGGAGCUAUAGCUUGCUACCUUACUGGACUUCAAAAAGGAUUUGACCACUUUCUAUGCUUUGCUUCCAUAAUAUUUGCUUCUAUGAUAUUGGUAGAGAGUGUAAUGAUGGUUGUAGCAAGUAUUGUGCCUAAUUUCCCGAUGGGAAUUAUAGCUGGUGCUGGUAUUCAAGGCCUCAUGAUCUUGGGUGGUGGAUUUUUUCGGUUGCACAAUGAUCUUCCAAAGCCAUUUUGGAAGUACCCUUUAUAUUACAUUGCCUUCCACAAGUAUGCAUACCAAGGAAUGUUCAAGAAUGAGUUUGAACGGCUAAAAUUUCAGAGUAAUCAAGCUGCAGGAGGUAUUCCUCACAUGAUCAAUGGUGAAGAAAUUCUGAGAGAUGUAUGUCAAGUGGAAAUGGGCUAUUCCAAAUGGGUUGAUGUUGUAAUCUUGCUUGGAAUGGCAAUUUUCUAUAGAUUUCUGUUCCUGAUAAUUAUCAAUACUUCUGAAACCAUCAAGCCUGUUAUUAUAGCUGCUGUGGGAGUACCUCCGAAGGAAACAAUACAGGUCAUGGAGAAUUCCACAGCUACGCCUAUUCAUGGGGAGGCCUUGUAGAGUCAUAUAUGGAAGCUUAUAGCUAACCAUAUUAAUUAGAAGGAAAUCAAGAUAGUUAUAGAUAGAUUUUGAAAAUCAGAAUUUAUUUUUUAAAAAGUCAUUUAUAUUUUAUAUAAUUUUAAAAAUAUUCAUUUUCAUUUGUCAAGUUAUUACGGCUAGGU